AUGUCAAUGAGCAACGGAAGUAGUGGCAGUUUUAUUGACCACGGCCCGAAGGCUGAUUACCGUGAUGGCUCGCGGCCACAGUGGAUUGUGGAUAAGACAGUUUCAAAGAGGGAUUUCAAUGCCGAGGGGGCGAGGGACCACAGCAGCGGUAACAGUCUUCGUAGCAGUACUGGCAGCGAAAUGUCGGAUGUUAGCCCGAUGCGGGGAAAAUUAUCGGUGGAUGUGGAGGGUGUUGUGUCUGCCUUGUGCCGAGAGAGGAAGAAAACAAAGCGUUUGCUACGGGAUAAGCGGCGGUUGGAAGGUGAGGUUAUCGGUCUAAAAAGGGAGAACACAUCUUUGUUGGAAUGUAACCGUCUGCUUGCAGAGCAUAACAGCAGUUUGGCUGCAUCUGUUACGACUCUUGUGAUGAAGCACGACCAGACACAGUUUGCCGUGACGAGUUUGGCCUCGCAAACACAGGAGAUUGGUGUGACUGUCAAAAUGCUGUAUGAAAAAACUGCUGUAAAGUGA